UUCUAACAGUCCUAGUUCCUAGGAGGUUACGCAAAUAUAAAUACAACAAAAUGAAAAUUUUGAUUGUUCUUUGCUGCACAUUCGCUUUGUCUCUGGCAGGAUAUGCUUCACCGUACUACUAUCUCCAGCCACAGGCUACUAUAGGUCCAGAUGGUCACCCUAUAGAAACACCUGAAGUCCAGUAUGCUAAAGCCGCUCAUUUAGCCGCACAUGCGGCAGCAAGAUCUCAAGUGGGUUAUUAUGGUUAUGCUCCAUACAAUGCUCUACCCGCCGAUACUCCUGAAGUGGCAGCAGCCAAAGCUCAACAUUUCCAUGAUUACGCAGUAGCUGCCCAAAGAAACGCUGUAUUAUCACCUUAUACCGCUGUUCACGGAGGUCUACCUAUAGAUACGCCUGAAGUUCAACACGCUAAAGCUGCCCAUUUUGCGGCUUAUGCUGAAGCUGCUUCUCGAUCAGGAUACGGACAUGGUCACUACAGAAGACGUCGUGGAAUCUACGAUUUCCAUGUUCCUGUUCUUGAUCAUAACGGAGUCCCAGUAGAAACUCCAGAAGUACAAGCCGCUAAAGCUCACCAUUUUGCUGAAUAUGCAAAAGUUUUGAGCAGACCAGGACAAAACAUUCCCGAUACUGCUGAAUACUCUUACGGUCCAAGUGCUGGACAUUAUACUGCUGCACAGUCUGCUCCUGCUGUCUACUCCCAUGCUCCAAUUUCCUACUAUAGAGGACCUGGAGGUCCACCAGCACAAAUUGGACAUGAUGGCCAGCCUCUAGAAACACCUGAAGUACAAGCAGCUAAGGCCGCCCAUUUUGCUGCCCAUCAAGCUGUUAGAUCAGGACAUCCGGGAUACUAUCAUUAUUAAAUUAAAAUUUUCAAUAAAAGCAAGUGGAGUUUGUGGAUCUAAAAUAAUUUUUAGUUUUCACAUAGCCAUAGGCUUGUUGGUUUCAGAAGUGAUAUAUCAGUUAUUAUAAAAUAGGAUUUUUAUACCGAUUGUUAACCAUUACAAGACUUAUCUGACAAUAAAUUGAUAUUGUGACAGGAA